AUGAGGAUAUUGAGCAGAAGAGAGGAAGAAGACGUCGUAAAGCAGCACAAGCAGCUUGGAUUACAGCAUUGCAGUGAUUUGUUCAAGGCUUUCGCAGAUUGCACUGCGAGCCGAACGAUAUCAGUUAUGUGGGCAUGCAGGAAGCCACACAAGGAGCUCAACAGCUGUCUGUCCAAGUUCAACUCAGAGGAAGCUUUGGAUGCAGCAAUCGAGGAAUACUUGAAGAAAAGAGAGUACUGA